AUGGAGUUUUUCUAUGAAGAACAAGCAUUAGCAAAUGAUCCCCAUAAGACGGAAGAUCAUGAUGAGAAGACAGAGAAAGUUUUCAACAAGUUAGAGGAUGAAGUUAGUAAAAGGUAUGACGAAACUGCCAAGGCUUUUAAAGGUUUUGUCGCUGAAGCCGAAGAUGGCGUGAAGCUCAAUUUACCUUUGGAUCCUGCAGUGUCAGAAAAGACACAACGUUAUUUAGGUCAAUUGGAUUCAAAUUUACAAAAUGUGGAAAAGUUUGCUCAGGGUUAUUGGACGAAGGUUUCUAAUCCAGGUUUUUGGUCCAAUGUGACCAAUAAUCUGGGCAACAAAUUUGAACAAAUCGUUCAAUUAGGUGAAGAAAGAGGUGAGGAUAUGGAUAAGGGAACUGAUAAGGAAAGUUCUAAAACUGUUGUUGGUGGUAAUAGAACUGAGACUGAAUUGAAAACACUUUCCACAGAUGAAUCACUAUAUUUGAAUAACAAGCUUUCACUACCUGAGGAUUUUGAUGCAGAUUCCAAGACCCAAGAAAUUUCUCAAAUUUUGGAAAAAGAUAUGGAUUUAGCUAAUCUAAUGAAUGGAAUCGUUCCUCAAGAAAUAUCUUACAAGGAUUUCUGGAAUAUCUACUUUACUCAAAAACAGAGAAUCCUAGAAAUGGAGACCACUAGAAGGAAAAUCCUAGAGAGUAAGGAAACUAAUAAGGAAGAAGAAAUUGCAUGGGAUGAAGAGGAAGACGAUAAUGAUAAGCAAGACGAGGAACCUGUCAUAAUUAAGAAAGAAGAUACUGCUGACAACGAUAAUAUUAAAAAGGAAAAGCAAACUAGCAAUGAAGAAUCCAAGACUGGUAAAGUGGGAGCAAAUGCCAAUGAAAAUGACGACGAUGACGACGACGAUUGGGAAUGA